AUGAAUUUGGAAUCCUUAUCUCUGGAUCUAAUGGAUAGAUAUAUGACGGUCGGAUCCUCGUACGAGAGGGAACGUUUUUUUCAAAAUUUAAGGAAGCAUGUGCCAAAUCUUGUUUCGUUGUUUCAAAUGUACGACCAGAGAAACAGACAGGGACGGCUACCUCCAUACUACUCAUUCAACGACCCACACCUCAGAGAUUUCUACCUGAGGAAAUACUUUGCCAUCACACAAACUGUAAGCCAAAAAUUUAAAAGUUUUCAGACGUUAUCUUUUGUUCAUUGCCCUGUCGUCAUAAACUUUUGCUUGAACACAAAAACAUCAACACAAGCAAAAGGCAUCAUAAUCAACAGCCACAUCAUCACCAUAACCGCCAACAAAACCAGUCUCACAACAUCACAACAACACUUCAUAAAGGAAUACGUGAAGUACCAAAUGGCCAGUCAAGCACCCAAAACUACAAAAAAGAAAAAGAAAAAACCUAAAGAAAAUUUCAACGACUGUGACGCCAUCUACACCAUCUUCGUCACCACUGGCAGCCACCCAAACGCCGGCACCACGACAAAAGUGAACUUAAGUAUCAACGGAGAAAACGGUAAAAUAAAUAGAAAGAGGUUGAUGAAAAGUGGAGGGGGUAAGAAGUUUGCAUUCAUGAGGGGGCAGACGCAGAAGUUCAAGAUUGGUGGCAUUGACGUUGGCCGGAUUGAGAAUGUCGUUGUUGAGCACAGCAGCGUCUUGGAGGAAGACGAUUGGUUCCUGGAAAUGAUAAAAAUAAAGCAAUCAUCACUGUUUUCGUCCGAUUCGUCCACUUACACAUUCCCGUGUUCUGAUUGGCUGUCAAUCCACCAAUCAGAUGGUCUCACCAAACGGAAGCUGUAUGCUCAAAAUCCUUCCGAAUAUAUCGAUUACGAAUUAACCGUGAUAACCGGAAAUAAGAAAGGAGCGGGAACAAGCGCGCACGUCUUCGUCACGAUAUUCGGACAAAAUGGCCGACAGACGGAGAAAAUUCAACUAAAUAAAACAAAUUUUAAUAAUAAUAAUAAUAGUGGUGGUAAUGAUGAUGAUUAUUUCGCCAAGGGUAGGAACAGUUUUUUUAGAUUUAAAGAGAGAAAUGUUGGAAACAUUAAUAAAAUUAGAGUUGAGCACGACAAUUACGGAUUUGCUCCUGGCUGGUUUCUGGAGAAGAUAAUAAUAAAAGAAAUUACGAACUCGUCCGGCAAGUCAAAUCCUGACAACUGUUAUUACUUCCCGUGCUGUGAUUGGCUGGCAAAAGAUGAGGGCGAUGGAUGCAUAUACAAGGAUCUGGUUGCCACCAACAAUCCCAACGACGAUUUCCAAAAAGAGUACAAGAUCCUGGUGUAUACAGGCGACAAAUCCGGCGCUGGAACUGACGCCAACGUGAGCAUCCAACUCUUCGGAAAGGAGGCUGACAGUGGAGAGAAGAUGCUCGAUGCUAAGGGCAGGAAUGACUUUGAAAGGAACAAGAUGGACGAGUUCACCAUCAAGUCAGCUGACCUGGGACCACUGCAGCGAAUCAGGAUUGGACACGACAACAAGGGCGCAUGUGCCAGUUGGUACCUGGCGAAGGUCGAGGUCAUUGACCUGCAGCUUAACAAGAGUUAUUUGUUUCCGUGCGAGAGGUGGUUGGCAGUGGAUGAAGAUGACGGGCAGACGUACAGGGACCUCACCUGCGCCGGUGCAGACGGCUUUCUCGCUGGCCCCGGAAUUUCCUACGAUUUAAAAAUAAAAACCGGUGACGUCAGAAAUGCCGGCACUUCCGCUAACGUCUACGUCAUCAUGUACGGAGGGAUACCUGAUGACGACGACGAUGAUGAUGACGACGACGAUGAUGAUGAUGACGAUCGUGGUGGUAGUUGUGGUGGAAAGAAAUCGAUGCAGAGGUGGAAUGAUACUUACAAUUACAACAACAAUAAUAAGAGCAAUAACAAGUCAUCAGACAAUAAAAAUAAUAAUAAUAAUAAUAAUAAGAUUGCCGCUGUUGAGAAAUGCAGUGGCAAAGUGUGGCUGAAAAAUUGCAAAUUCGAAAGAAACAGAACCGACAUCUGCAAGCUGGAAAUUGCCGAACUUGUCAGUCCUGUUUCGAAGCUGGUGUGGCUGGCUAGAGAUGAGGAGGAUUGCCUGAUUGAAAGGGUUCUUUCGGAAACUUCUAGAAGAGUUAAAGAUAAAAAAACAACGUGGAAAGUAACAGUAUACACGUGCAAUGAUCGGGGCGCCGGCACUGAUGCCAACGUAUUCAUUGCUCUCUACGGCCGGAAAAAAUUAAACCACAACUACAACAGCCACAACUACAACAGCCACAAUAGCCACAGCAACCACAAUACUAUUGACAGACGACAAAGCAGUCUACGACAAAAUAACAACAACAAUAUAAAUAACAACAAUAACAAUAAUUUCAGCCGCAAAAACAGCAUGUACAGCGACAGUAUAGAUAACAUCAGAAGGGGUAGCACCAUGUCAAACGUAAGUGAAACUAGGAAAAAACUCCCGACCUAUUUAAAAAGCAGGGAUGUGCUGUUAGAAAACAAAGGUGACAGUUUCGAAUCGGGUCAGGUCGAUUCGUUCGUUGUUGACCUCGAGAAUGUAGGUCAGCCAAUCAAAUUGAGGGUGUGGCAUGAUAAUAGGAAGGCUUUUGCUGCCUGGAAACUUUUUAAGGAAAUUGUUCGGGAACUACCAGCUGUGGGAGGAAACAUUAAGGAACCUCUAAAUCUGUACCGGUACUUGGUGUCGGUACAUACCGGCAAGAAGGUGGGAGCGGGUACCGAUGCCAACGUGUUCAUCAAUGUAUUCGGUGAGAACGGUGAUACUGGGGAUCGAUUCCUCAAGAGAGCGACCGCUGGUGGUGGUGGUGGGGGCAACAAAUUUGAGUCUGGAAAGAAAGAUGAUUUCACAAUCGAAGCAGUUGAUUUAGGAAAGCUUACCAAGAUAAGGAUAGGGCACGAUGGGACGGGUCCAGGAAGUGGUUGGUUUUUAGACAAAGUGGUCAUCUCUCGUUUGUCCGCUGCUAACCAGAAUAACAACGCUAACCAUGGUGAUGAGGACGUCAGGAAGAGAAGCAACAGUAGUAGUAGUAGCGGUGGUAAUGGUGGUGGUAGUCGUGGCGUCAGCAGACCUGUGGUCUUCGAUUGCAACAGAUGGUUGGACACAAAAGAAGACGAUGGACAGAUAGUCAGAGAGUUGUUUCCAGGAGGAAUACAAAUGCUUAAAACAACGAGCUACCACGUGAGUGUGACCACUGGCACCUGCAGACAGGCUGGCACCGAUGCGAACGUGCACAUACAGCUGUUCGGAGAAGCAGGCGAAACCACUGGGAAGUUGAGGCUUGGGAAUUCCCAGAACGAUACUAAAAAUAAGUUUGAGGCCGGAAGAGUUGAUCUCUUUGUCAUUGAAGCUGUUGAUAUUGGGAAGAUCACGAAAAUUCUGAUCGGCCACGACGGAUCGAAAUUAGGUUCGGGGUGGUUCCUGGAGUCGGUGCAUGUGAAGGUGCCAAGCAGGGGGGAGGUGUACGACUUCCCCUGCCAUCGCUGGCUGGACAAGAGUGAAGACGAUGGGCUGAUUGAGAGAGAGCUAUAUCCGGGGAAGCUGAAGAUGCUCGCAGCUGAAAAAACUUACUGCAUAACGAUAUGGACGGGUGACAAGCGAGGAGCGGGAACUGAUUCGAACGUCUUCAUUCAGAUGUAUGGUGCCAGAAGAAACCUUAAAACUGAAGAGAUGCUGUUGAGGAACAAGUCUGAUAAUUUUGAGAGGGGAAAAAAGGAUGUCGAGGCAGCUGACGUUGGGAAGAUAUCAAAGAUUCGCAUCGGCCACGACGGCAAGGGUGCCUUCUCUGGAUGGUUCCUUGAAAAGGUCUUAAUACAGUGUAAAACAACGAGAAAAAUAAAUAGCGAUGACGAUGACGACGACGACGACGUUAGUAGCAGCAGUAGCGGUAAUAGCAGCAACGGCGAUGACGGCCGCAGCCGUAACAAACGCAACGACAACAACUACAAAGCAGCAGCAUCAAAACAACAUAAAAAACAACUGAAAAAGACAUCGUCAAGUUCAUCAAUCUUGUCUAAUUCAAGCCUCAAACGAUCGUCACUGAAACGCGAUAUCGAUCGCAACCGCGCCGACAGUAGCAACAAUCACCACCACCACCACCACAGCAAUUUGAAUCUUGACGAUAGUUUCAGAAGUAGAAGUAGACUGAGUGUUAGUUUUGAUGAAGAUCGCGAUGAGAGGUUCAGUCGUAAGAAACAACAACAACAACAAUACCAACAUCAGCAGCAGCAAAAACAGCGCUUGCAACAAAGAAGACAAUCGUCACAACAACAGCAACAACCACCGCAAAAGAGACGAGAUUCAAGCAGGCACAACAAUCCAUCAGACAGCCGCAACAACCGCAGAUUCAGCAACUACAUCAGAGAUGACGAUGACGACGAUGAGGAUGACAUUGAAGAAGAUUCUCACAAUUACUACCAGCCAUCAAACAACAACAACACGCCUGAUUACUUCAGCAAACGAACCAGCCAAUCACGUAAAAUGAGUACCCAACAACAACAACAACAUCAUCGUCUACGUCAUCAACAACGUCAUUAUGAUGAAGACGACGACGACGAUGAUGGCGAUGAUUACAACUACAACAACAACAACAACAACAAUAAUAGCUCACUAGAUGAUGACGACGACGAUGACGAUGACGAUAAUGAUGAUGAAGAUAUUGAGGAAUAUUGGUUCAUCUGUAGCAGAUGGCUAGCAACCAAUGAAGACGAUGGUAAAAUUGUGAGGGAACUCACCCCAGCUACAAUCAAUGGUGUUCUUCAAGAUAACAAGUUGAAGGAAAUCGAAUACGUCAUCAAAGUUCUGACCGGGAAUAAAUUUGGGGCGGGAACUGACGCGAACGUUUACGUGACACUUGUUGGAAGUCACGGCGACACUGGGGAGCUGCAUUUGAAGGAGUCUAACAAUAAGAACAAGUUUGAGAGGAAACAGACUGACGUAUUCAAAAUAUCGGCCAUCGACAUCGGAACUAUCGAAAGAUUACAAAUAAGGCAUGAUAACAAGGGCGGAAGUGCCGGAUGGUUCCUUGAAAAUGUAACCGUAGAAGAUACUAAAUCUAACAAAGAAUACUUCUUCAACUGCCAACGGUGGCUAGCCAUAGACGAAGACGACGGGCAGAUAUCGAGAACGUUACUGCCGCGUGGCAAUGGCAGCGACGACAACGGCGACAUUAAAAACAGACGUGGUAGUAGUUUCGCUUCAAAAAGUCGCAGCAGCACUCGCGACGAUGACUCCAGUGGCGACAGUAGUCGGAAAAGCUCUAAACAGAGUUUGCCAUUUUCAUUUGACAUAUUUGAUAAUGUUAUUUUUGAUUAUGUGAUAAAUAAAUAA